CCAUAUCCAAGUACCCAUUAUAUUUGAAAAGCUAACUAACUUACAUACAUACGUAUUAUUAUUAUAAAUUAUUGAUUAAGAAGGCACAUGUCCGAACUACACCAGGCAGCUGCAGCUGGGGAUUAUGACUUGGUGGAAGAAAUUGUGAAGAAGAGUAGAUGUAACCCAAACCAGAAAGACAUUGACUGGAACAACAAGACACCAUUGCACUGGGCGGCAGCAAAAGGGCAAACAGAUAUGGUGAAGAUCCUGGUGGAGAACGGGGCUAGGCCAUGCCUCAGGACGGAUUCUGGCUGGACUCCUGCCCACUUUGCAGCCGAAUCUGGGAAGCUGAGCAUCCUUCGCUUGCUGCACUUGCUCCAUGCCCCCAUAGACAAAGAGGACUGCUUUGGAGACAGAGCUAUUAGGAUUGCCGACAUAUAUGGCCAUAAAAAUUGUGUGGAAUUCCUAGAAACUGCGGAAGUGGAGUGCAGGGACUACCGGCGGAUGGCGCGUCUCAGGGGUGUUGUUCUGGAUGACACUGAUGAAGAGUGGGAGAUACAGUACAAAUGGAACAAAUCGUGCAUAGGAGGGGAGGACAAAGUGACAAAAAGGGGAAAAUGUGUUUUUCCCAAAAAAACUGUUAAAUUACAAACUAAAAAAAAGGACCAGCGAUCAUCUUUUCAGCAACCGAACGGACCAGACGACAACGCGCGGCUGAGACGGGAACACAUCAACUUUAGGAUUCAGCGUAUGGACUCAGUAAGACAACAAACAUUCAGGCAUAGCCAGUGUGUAGUUUAGUCUUAACUGAUAUUGUGAGUCUGUGUUUUCUAUAUUUUCCAUCAUUUCAUGUGAAUGUAUUUUGUUAGCUAUAUAUAUAUAUAUAUAUAAAUAUAUAAAUAUGUGAAUCGAU